AUGGAACCAGGAAAUAAAUUGUCAAAGGCCGAAGAUGAACCCGAAAUCGACCCAACACAAUAUCGAAAGGUGGUAGGAUGUCUUAGAUAUCUCUUGCAAACAAGACCCGAUAUGACAUAUGCGGUUGGAGUUGUUAGCCGAUACAUGCAAAGUCCAAGAGAAUCACAUGGUGGUGCAAUCAAACACAUUCUAAGGUACUUACGAGGAACAACUGGAUACAGAAUCAAGUAUGAGAGGAUAGGACAAAGGCAACUUAUUGGUUAUAGUGAUAGUAGUCACAAUGUUGACCCGGAUGACGGAAGAAGCACAACCGGUCACAUUUUCUACUAUGGGUCAUCUCCAAUUACAUGGUGUUCGCAAAAGCAAGAUACCGUUGCUUUAUCAUCUUGCGAGGCGGAGUUCAUGGCAGCCACAACGACCACAUGUAAAGCAAUAUGGCUUCAAGAUUUUCUUGGAGAAAUCAUGAAGAAAGCGCAAGAGAAAGUGAUUCUUAAAGUUGAUAACAAAUCGGAACAAGUGGAGGUGGAGUAUAUUCCCGGUGAAGAACAAAGGGCAGAUAUUCUUACAAAACCUCUAGCUCGAACCAAGUUCAAGGAAAUGCGGAGCUUGAUCGGGGUUGAAGAAUUCUCUAGAAGGACUUAG